CUUCGAAUUAUUGUCCUACAGGUUUAACUUCUAACGAUGACUUCAUUUCAAAAUGCAUGUCAUUGUGUUGGUUGCCGGUUGUUCGUUCCUUGUGUCAUUUAAUCGAGGAAAAACAUCCUAAUUGCCUUAAUUGUUGCGGAAUAAGAUCGUCACUGCUUGCCGGCGUUGCUUUUAGCUUGUUCGCAGCUAACAAACAAAGGCGGAAUUUAAGCAGCAUCUACAGAACUCAAGUGAGUGUAAAGAGUUGUUGCGUAUCCUGUGAAAAUGUGCAAAGUACAACAAAUGUUGAGAGCGUUGCUGAAUCAGCGACUGAGUGCCGCCGUCGAAGAAGUUGUUGGAGUGUUUGAAAGAACUAUAGCAGAAUACGAAGAGCAACUUUGUCGAACGAAGGAGGAAAACGAGCGACAACGUCAACUAUUGGACGCCGUUUUCAAGACGCAAGGUGGACAUAAAAGAGAUGUCAGUGAAGAUGAUCCUGUGAAGCAGGAGUGGCGCUCCGGAGUGGAGCAGCAGGAUCUGGCGCACCCCCACAUUAAAAAGGAAAAGGUGGAAGAGCAGGAGUGGCGCUCCGGGGUGGAGCAGCAGGAUCCAGCGCGUCCUAACAUUAAAGAGGAAGAGGUGGAAGAGCAGCUUCAAAGGCCGGAGUUGCUUGAGGAUCACGUCAUAAAGAUUGAAAAUUGUCAAAGUGAGGAGAACAGAGGGACGGAGCCUCCGAGCAGUAACUCAGGUCGGCAUGUGACAACGCAAGGUGAUGGCGAUCACUGCGGAGGACCACAAGCAGACGGCCGCUUUGCUCCUCUAUCUGUCAGCGAUGGCAUGACCUCACAUUUGCCGGAUAUUGAUAAUAAACAGUGGAAAGUUGAUGUGAGAUGUCACACUGACGACAGAUGCUGGAAAUGCUCUCAGUGUGACAAAGUCUUCUUUAACCAGACCCAUUUAAAUAGGCACAUGGGAUGGCACACAGGAGAGAGACCGUUCAUGUGCUCAGAUUGCGGUCAAGCAUUCUUCAAGGAACCACACUUGACAACGCACAGGAGGACGCACACUGGAGAGAAACCUUUUUCCUGCUCAGUCUGCAGUAAAAGCUUCAGCGUUCGUUUCGGUUUAACUCAACACAUGAGGACACACAAUCAGGAGAAACCCUUCAGGUGCUCAGUGUGCGAUAAGAGAUUCGCUUAUCCAGUAUCCUUGAUGAGGCAUGCCAGCACGCACACUGGAGAGAAUACACACUCCUGCUCAGUCUGCCACGCAAGUUUUCGCCUUCGGUCGUCACUCAUGAUCCACAUGAGGAUACACACUGGAGAGAAGCUGUUUUCCUGCCCGGUAUGCAAGAAAACUUUCUGUGCCGGUACAUGCCUUUGACGUCUACGGUGUGAUGUUUAUAAUCAAAGUUGACAGGAAAAAGUGGAUACAGUGUUCCGCAACAUAUUUUAGAUUCAUUACCAGUGCUGCCACAAAUUACUACUUUGCUACAGAAGCCAACUAGUCACGAUAAUAAUUGCGAUUACUGAACUAAUUGAAUCAUAUAUGAAUCGUAUAAAUUCACCCUUCUCAGGCAUUCAGGCAUCAAUAUUUUUUAUGUAUAAGGGAAAUCAGAGGAGUGCAAUUGGGAAAAGGCACUGUGCUCAAGAAAAUUGCAAUAAACACUUUUUUUU